AUGAGUGAGACAGCGAGUCUUUAUGCACAGACAAGGACACCCAUUUCUUCUCUGGAUGCCAUGGCUCAUCACCACCCGCAUUAUCGGUCACCCUUCGGAGACACAACCUUCACCAAACUGUUCGUGGGAGGACUGGCCUGGGAGACUCCCACCGAAGAAAUGCGCAAAUAUUUCCAGCAGUUCGGGGACAUUCUUGAAGCUGUCAUAAUCACUGACAAGAACACCGGAAAAUCCAAAGGCUACGGAUUCGUAACAUUCUGCGAUCAAGAAUCAGCAAAGAGAGCUUGUGCUGAUCCAAACCCAAUAAUAGAUGGCAGAAGAGCAAAUUGUAAUAUUGCUUCUCUGGGAAGGACUCGACCUUCACCACCUCGAGGGAGGAAUAUAGUUCAAGGUGGAGGAGGAACAGCACAGAGUGUUCAGGGAGCGGGACCGGCGCCGUCGCUGCCGCCAGCAGCUGCUGUUCUGUAUCCACCAUAUGGCUAUACAACCUACACUCCUGAUUAUGGGUACCACCACCAAGCCACAUUGUACAACCCACAGAUUCAGCAAGCACAGUACUAUCAACAGCAGCUAUAUGGAGCAUCAUCUUCCACCAUGAGCACCCCAUAUUACUAUGGUUACUCUGUGCAAGCACCAAGAAACACAUUUUCUUCACCCCAAGCAAAUCGCUUAUCACCUGGACCAUCUUAUCUAUACUAUUCUAGCCCCGUGGAAGUCUCAUUCUCUGCAUAUCGUCCACCCCAACAAUCACCAAUGAGGCAAACCUUUCCUUCUCCUAGUGGUAGAGAUGAUGCGCGAGUGAGAGAGACAGAGGUGCACACACAGAGAGAUAUGAAUUAUGAUGCACUUACUGACACACUAUAUAUUAUGAUUUGGCUGCAAUAUAUGGGCAUGGGGGUCCACAUGGGCAACCACAGAGCCAUGUGA